AUGGCCCGUCAACCAAAGCCCAAGCACCCAGAGCUACAAUACACUAUUGUGAUGGAAAGGGCACACUUCCCUUCUGCAUUUUUAGAGAAACUCAAGUCCAAGGUCUCUGGUGACAAUCCUUGUCAUAGGCCUUACACUACCUUUGAGUGCCUUACAGCCCACCUAUGGAGGAAGAUCACCCGUGUCAGGAAUCUAGAAGAGGAGUUGACCACAAAAGUGAAAGGCCUCCUGUCCAAGCCAGUGCGGCAUGCAGCUAGGCUCAUACAUGAUGCAGUGGCUCAAGUUGAUGGCGACUACUUCAGGUCAUUCAUUGACUUCUCAAGCUCAAAGGAAAAGAUGGAAGGGCUGGUGCCGAGCGCGUAUGGGGGAGACGUGUUGAGCCCUGACUUGGAAGUGUCCUCCUGGUUGAAUAUCCCCUUCUAUGACAUGGACUUUGGUACAAACCCCCCUCGCCUCUUUGUACCUUCAUAUGAGAGAGUAGAAGGGUUCUUGCAUAUCGUGCCUUCCUUCAGUGGCAAUGGAGAUGUUGAUGCCUUCGUUUCUCUGUUUGAGAAGGACAUGAGAUCCUUCAUAGAUGGACUGUAUUAUUUAGAUUAG